AUGUCUGUUGCGUUUGCUCCACCUCAAAAGGGUAAAGGCCCCCAACCUAACCAAGACACCAUUCAAAAGAUGUUGGAUGAGAACAAUCAGUUAAUUCAAACAAUAGCAGAUUAUCAGAAUAGUGGAAAGGCUACAGAAUGCUUACAAUAUCAACAAGUAUUACACAGAAAUCUGGUAUAUUUAGCUACAGUGGCUGAUUCAAAUCAAAAUGUUCAGGCUUUACUGCCAGUAAGUAUUUUGUAA